CGCAUGGUUCACCUCUCCCUGCUCAUCCUCCUCCGUUUCUCCACUCGCCCAUGGGCACUGCAACCUUCAUGCUCCAGAGCUGAGAGGUGAGCUUUAUCGACCCCACCACCACCACUAGACGUUUUUCCUUUAGUUGCUGCAGAGCUAUUCGUGCUAAUCCACGAGAUGAGUAUACUGGUGAUUACGGUAGACCUGCAAUGCUGCCGCUGCAAGAAGAAGAUCAAGAAUGUCCUCGAGUGUCUCAAAGAGGAUUACUGCAUCGAGAAGAUUGAGUACGAGGACAAGGACAACAGGGUGAUCGUCCGUGGGAAAUUCGACGCGGACAAGCUCUGCAAAAAGAUCUGGUGCAAGGCCUGCAAGGCCGUCAAGGAGAUCGAGAUCGUAAAACAAUGGCCGCCACCGCCGCCGCCGCCGCCCCCAUGCCCAGACAAGCCAAAGAAACCACCAUGCGCAUGCACAUGCCCGCCUCCGCCUGACCCGCCAAAACCAUGCACAUGCACAUGCCCGCCUCCGCCCGAGCCGCCAAAACCAUGUCCAUGUCACCCGAAGCCAUGCCCGCCGGCUCCUGAGCACAAACCAUGCAAACCUGAGCCCAAACCAUGCCCGUCUGAGCCCAAACCAUGCAAACCUGAGGCCAAACCAUGCCCGGCUGAGCACAAACCAUGCAAACCUGAGGCCAAACCAACAUACAAGUUCGUGCCAUACCCGUACCCGGUGCCGUACCCUAUGCAGUGCCAGAGCUCGCCGUGGAACUGCCCUCCGCAGCAGUGUCACUGCUGCCCUGCCGAAAAGCCACCGGCCCCGCCGCCACCGCCUCCCCCACCGCCGCCGGACCCCCCCAAGCCGGAGCCCUGUAAGUGCUCGCAGUCGCAACACCCCUCUCACGGUGGCUGUGGCUGCGGCAAGCCGCCUGCUAAUUGCUGGCCGCCGCCCACCUGGCCGCCGCAGCAACCCUGCUUCAUGCCGCCACCAUGGUUCACGGAGGAGAACCCAUCGGAUGCCUGCUCCAUCAUGUGAUGAUUGAUCUUGGAUUACUACGAUGAACAACCCAUGGACUGCACUGAUGUGGUGCUGCCACGUUAUCUGCACCGCCUAAUUUUUUUUACCAUGCAUCGAAAAUCCGAAUAAUGCGAGCCUUAAUAAACUAGUCCAGUGUUACUUCUGUACGUCUACGAGUUCAGCUGUUCAAUAUACGUUCGAGGAGGAAGAUGUGUCAUGUAAUCAUUUUUAUUUGUGGAUGUAAUUUAAUUGAUAUGUUGUACAUGUAAAUCCUGUUUUAUUUGUGAACGUGAUUUUUCUUUUGAGAAUA